GCAGAAGAGUAGCAUCGCCGCCAUCUGUAAACUUGCUUCGCUGUGUCAUGCGGACUACUUUACUGAGUACAGGAAAACAAGCGGUAAAAACGUCAAUACUGUCUGCAAAGUGUGUUUGUGCUGAAGUCCCCAUCUGUGAUCUUUAACCCGUUUUUCGACUAGCUAUUUUUUGUCCUUCCUACCAAAAUGUUUUUGACACGCUCAGAGUAUGAUCGUGGGGUUAAUACAUUUUCACCAGAAGGUCGCCUGUUCCAAGUGGAAUAUGCCAUAGAAGCAAUCAAGUUGGGGUCUACAGCGAUUGGCAUUCAAACAAGCGAAGGUGUUGUGUUGGCCGUGGAGAAGAGGGUUACCUCCCCUCUCAUAGAGCCUUCGAGCAUUGAAAAGAUCAUGGAAGUAGACAAGCACAUUGGGUGUGCUAUGAGUGGCCUGAUUGCUGACUCAAGAACACUAAUUGACAAAGCACGUGUUGAAGCUCAGAAUCAUUGGUUUACAUACAAUGAGAAUAUCAGUGUGGAAAGUGUCACACAGGCUGUGUCUAACCUUGCUUUAGCAUUUGGUGAUGAUGAUCCAAAUCCUGGUGCAAUGAGUCGACCAUUUGGUGUGGCUUUGCUGAUAGCAGGGAUUGAUGAAAAUGGACCCCGGUUAUUUCACAUGGAUCCAUCAGGCACCUUUAUCCAGUAUGAUGCUAAGGCCAUUGGAUCAGGAUCAGAAGGUGCACAGCAAGCUUUACAAGAAAGCUUUCACAAGUCCAUGACUUUAAAGGAUGCCUGCAAGUCUGCCCUUACUAUUCUCAAGCAAGUCAUGGAAGAGAAACUCAAUGCCACCAAUGUGGAGAUGGCCACCGUUACACCACAGAAUUUGUUCCGGAUGUUCACCAAAGAAGAAUUAGAAAGUCUUAUCAAGGAUCUAUGAUUUAUAUCUGUUUCUCUUUUUACUAUUGAUUUGUGUGAGAUAAUGGCUCAUUAAUGUCGUUUAAUUCAUCUUUCAUCAGUCACAGAAUGCAUUUUGUCCUGGGCAGUAAGAGUCCGCCAGGUAUAAUUUAUAUAUCUGUGAACUUUACUGAACAACCUCGUGUGACAUUGACCUGUUAGUUUGAUUUUGGACUUCGAUAUACAUGCGAAUUAAAUAAAAGACUGACAGACAA